GCCGCGUCCCCGGCCUGCGCCGCCGUGUAUGGCGAGGGAGCGGGCGGACGCUGCCUGCGUGCCGGGCUGCACCGCCAGCGCCGUCGGUCUAAUUAGAACCUGAUUGUGUCCUUGUCACCUCUGCAGUCAGUGACAGAUACAUUAUGUUCUUCCACUGCUUAUGUGCCUACUUUGUCUGACUUUUUGUGGAUUCCAGCAGUGAGUGGCUUGUGACAUGCUUAUUUAAAGGGCUUCAUCACUCCCAUGUUUAAUACAGAGAUUUCUCCAGUGAUAAAAAGUGAUUUCUAGAUGGAGCAAAGCAGGGUAAACUGUGUUCAAUUGGAGACUUGUCUGCUAAGAAAUACAUGUGAAAGCAGUUUUCUUUUGUUUUUCACACCACUGGUUUAACUAGAUUUUUUAAUUGGGCAGAUGAGCAUACACUGUCUAAAAUCCAGUGAGAGGCAAAUGCUCUGAACAGAAUCAAAACGAACUAUGGCUUGUCUUACAAUGACAAAUAUAGAAAGCACAGCAACUGCUGCUGUCCACCGGAAUGGUGACAUCCAUGGGAAUACCAGUGCACCCAGGCAGACAGAACCAUUGCUUCAAGUGUACCUUUAUCAUUCUCCUGGGAAGACAGGAGAAGAUUGCCUUCAAUUUCCAGCUGGAGAAUAUGUUGCAGAAGAGCUUUGCACUGUUGCCUGUAAAGCCUGUGGUAUCAUGCCAGUGUACCAUAACAUGUUUGCACUCAUGAGUGAAACAGACAGAAUGUGGUAUCCCCCAAAUCACAUCUUCCAUGUAGAUGAAGCGACUAGACUCAAGCUAAUAUACCGGAUAAGGUUUUAUUUUCCCCACUGGUAUUGCAGUGGCACCAACAGAGCAUAUCGGUAUGGCAUUAUUCGUGGUGCAGAAAGCCCUGUUCUUGAUGAUCUCGUCAUGUCUUAUCUAUUUGCACAGUGGCGAGCUGAUUUUUUGGAUGGAUGGGUACAGAUGCCUGUUACUCACGAAACACAAGAAGAAUGCCUUGGAAUGGCUGUUCUAGAUAUGAUGAGAGUGGCCAAAGAAAAGGACGAAACCCCACUGGCUAUUUACAAUUCAGUCAGCUACAAAACAUUUUUACCUAAAUGUGUGCGAGCAAAAAUCCAAGACUACCACAUUUUGACACGAAAAAGAAUAAGGUACAGGUUCCGCAAAUUUAUACAACAGUUUGGCCAAUGUAAAGCUACUGCCAGAAACUUGAAACUUAAGUAUCUUAUAAAUCUGGAAACCCUUCAGUCUGCCUUCUAUUCAGAGGUUUUUGAAGUAAAAGAACCUGGUGGAGGUCCUUCGGGAGAGGAAAGUUUUGCAACCAUUGUCAUAACUGGAAAUGGUGGAAUUCAGUGUUCAAGAGGAAAACUUAAAGACUGUGAGACACUUGCGGAGGAGGAUUUACAAACGUACUGUGAUUUUCCUGAUAUCAUUGAUGUCAGCAUUAAACAAGCAAGCCAAGAAGGCUCCAGUGAGAGAAGAAUUGUCACCAUUCACAAGCAAGACAGCAAGAAUCUGGAGGCUGAAUUUCAGUCAUUAAGAGAAGCUCUCUCCUUUGUAUCAUUAAUUGAUGGAUAUUACAGAUUAACUGCAGAUGCCCAUCAUUAUCUCUGUAAAGAAGUAGCACCACCAUCAGUCCUGGAAAAUAUCCAAAGCAACUGUCAUGGACCAAUUUUCAUGGACUUUGCUAUCAGUAAACUGAAGAAAGCGGGUAAUCAGACUGGUUUCUACGUCCUUCGCUGCAGUCCUAAAGAUUUUAAGAAAUACUUCCUUACCUUUGCUAUAGAGCGUGACAAUACCACAGAUUACAAGCAUUGCUUAAUUACGAAGAAUGAGAAUGGAGAAUAUAAUCUUAGUGGAACGAAGAGAACUUUUAGUAAUCUUAAGGAUCUCUUGACCUGUUACCAGACAGAAACUGUCCGUUCAGACAGCAUAAUUUUCCAGUUCGUCAAAUGCUGUCCCCCAAAACCCAAAGAUAAAUCAAAUCUUCUAGUCUUCAGAAGCAAUAGUGUUUCUGAUGUACCUUCGUCACCUACGCUACAGAGACACAACAAUGUCAAUCAAAUGGUCUUUCACAAAAUCCGUAAUGAGGAUUUGAUAUUUGAGGAGAGUCUUGGACAGGGCACAUUUACUAAGAUUUUCAAAGGUGUAAGGAAAGAAGUGGGAGAUUAUGGCCAGCUCCAUCAAACUGAAGUUCUUUUAAAGGUGCUGGAUAAAGUGCAUAGAAACUACUCUGAGUCCUUCUUUGAGGCAGCAAGUAUGAUGAGCCAGCUUUCUUACAAACAUCUGGUGUUAAAUUAUGGAGUCUGUGUAUGUGGAGAAGAAAACAUCCUUGUACAAGAAUAUGUGAAAUUUGGAUCCUUGGACACAUAUUUGAAAAAGAACAAAAAUAUUAUCAAUAUUUUGUGGAAGCUGGAAGUAGCUAAACAGUUGGCAUUAGCCAUGCAUUUUCUGGAGGAUAAAGGCCUUGUUCAUGGGAAUGUCUGUGCAAAAAACAUCUUGCUUAUCAGAGAGGAAGACAGGAAGUCUGGAAACCUUCCAUUUAUAAAACUAAGUGAUCCUGGUAUCAGUAUUACAGUUUUGCCAAGAGACAUUCUUCUUGAGAGAAUACCAUGGGUUCCUCCUGAAUGUAUUGAGAAUCCCAAACAACUAAGCCUGGCCACAGAUAAGUGGAGUUUUGGUACCACUUUGUGGGAAAUCUGCAGUGGAGGAGACAAACCCCUGAGUGCACUGGAUUCUUCAAGGAAACUACAGUUUUAUGAAGAUAGGCACCAGCUUCCUGCCCCCAACUGGACAGAACUUGCAAACCUUAUAAACAACUGUAUGGAUUAUGAGCCAGAUUUCAGACCUUCUUUUAGGGCAAUUAUACGUGAUCUGAACAGUUUGUUCACUCCAGAUUACGAGCUAUUGACAGAAAGUGAUAUGUUGCCAAAUAUGAGAAUUGGAGCACUUGGAUUUUCUGGUGCUUUUGAAGAUCGGGACCCAACACAAUUUGAAGAAAGACAUCUUAAGUUUUUACAGCAACUUGGCAAGGGAAAUUUUGGCAGCGUUGAGAUGUGCCGGUAUGACCCACUGCAGGACAAUACUGGAGAGGUGGUAGCUGUGAAAAAGCUGCAACAUAGCACAGAAGAGCACCUUAGGGACUUUGAAAGAGAAAUUGAAAUACUUAAAUCUCUGCAGCAUGAUAACAUCGUUAAAUACAAAGGAGUAUGCUACAGUGCAGGUCGUAGGAAUCUAAGAUUAAUUAUGGAAUAUUUACCAUAUGGAAGUUUACGAGAUUAUCUUCAGAAACAUAAGGAGAGGCUGGACCACAAGAAGCUUUUGCUGUAUGCAUCUCAGAUAUGCAAGGGCAUGGAGUAUCUGGGUACAAAAAGAUACGUUCACCGGGAUUUAGCAACGAGAAAUAUCUUGGUGGAGAAUGAGAACAGAGUUAAAAUCGGAGAUUUUGGAUUGACAAAAGUCUUGCCACAAGACAAAGAAUACUACAAAGUGAAAGAACCUGGUGAAAGUCCUAUAUUUUGGUAUGCUCCAGAAUCUCUGACAGAAAGCAAAUUUUCUGUGGCCUCAGAUGUGUGGAGUUUUGGGGUGGUCUUAUAUGAACUCUUCACCUAUAUUGACAAAAGCAAAAGCCCACCAGCUGAAUUCAUGCGCAUGAUUGGCAAUGAUAAACAAGGGCAGAUGAUUGUAUUUCAUUUGAUAGAGCUUUUGAAGAAUAAUGGACGACUACCAAGACCAGAUGGAUGCCCUGAUGAGAUUUAUGCUAUCAUGAAAGAAUGCUGGAACAAUAAUGUUGCCCAGCGCCCCACCUUUAGGGAUCUUGCUCAGCGAGUGGAUCAUAUAAGGGAAAACAUGGGUGGAUGAGACAACUGCCCUUCCUUCAGAGGAUGUGUUGGAAUGCAGAACAAAAUGUACUUGAUCUGCUGUGUAUAAUUGACAUAUGUGCGCAUCUUAUCCUUGCUGGAAGUAAAAUCUGUGUGGCAAAUACCGUAUUUCAGUCUGCAUACUGAGGAAUCCUGCUGGGCUUUUUUAUCAGGAUAUACUCGUUACUAUGAGAACAUGCUGAAAUUCUCAACAGGGAGAGAAAUUAUUUUUAUAAGUAAAAUAAUAUAUGGUCAUUCAACAACACCAUUAUUUGCCUUACCUGGCAAUGCAAAAAAAAGGUGAUUUAUAGUGCGGUGAAAUCAAGAGAUGAAAAGACAAUGUAUUGCUUUGUUGAAAUGGAGAUGCAGAGAAAAGACUUCUAGAAAUCCUUUCACACUGAGUACAUAGUGACUUGGCACCCUGUUUUGUGUGUUGCACAAGGACUUUUGUUAAUACAGUUUAAUUGUUGAUGCAGAAAUGGCUUCUCUGUAUAACAAAAUAGAAGUGAUUAUGUAACCAGGAGCUUCUAAUGUGCCUAUCUGAAUCAGUUAUCAACCAGCAGUAUGUCCAAAGAGGUAUGAGGCUGUGUGCUGUACUGUAAGUAUUUUAAGAGAAAGGGAACAAAUUUUUCAUAAUUUGGAGAGCCAAAAAAUGUACUCAUCCACCUGAAAAUUUUAAUAUAAAAAUGAGAAAGAAAACAUGUUAUCUAUUUUUCUUACUCUUCCUUUGUUGAGUAAGUAUUAGAUUCUCUUUACGGAAUUGAAGAUACAGUGAUAACAUGUAGAAAUGAAGCCAUUUUAUACAAGGCAGUGUAUUCAGUUUGAAUAAGAAAAAGCUAAACCUACUGCUUUUAAAUGCUGCUCUUUUAUUCUUUCCAUCUUUGUAAUUUUCAUGCAGUCAUAGGUGUAUCUACAAAUUGGGAACUUUUAAAGCAGGAUUAGAAAUCUAGAAAAUGCCCUCCACUUCACAAUUCCUCACUUUGCUGUUAAGAUGAUCACCUUAUACCUUCCUUCCAGUACAGAAAAAGAAAACUUAUGGCCCAGUGUCUGAUACAGCCAGUCACAACCACGUCAAGCCUCUUUUGUAAUGAAGUGGCCCAAGUUACCUCCUAUUUCUUUCUAUUUCAACAUAAGACUAUUGGGAAGGAGGAAUUACAAGUGCAAUUGCUCCACAAUCAGCGGAAGGCAAGAACAUGAUUUCAGUUACUGAGAACUGGAAGGAGAUCAGAGCUACCUGAAUUCUGUAUAAUUAAGAUUUUGAAAUAAGUCUAACAAAAAUUUAUGGACAAGACAGCGCUUCGGUUUUGCCUUCAGGCAUGAAACUUGGGGAUAAUCUCAUAUCUCAAAGCAGUAAAAUUGCAGUAUUUUGUGUAUUUUUAGUUCAAAAAAAUUUGUUUGUUUGUUUUUUACUUAAGCAUUAUUGUUUGCAAAGUACAAACCUUGUUCUUCUUGGACUUCUGAGAGAAGUUCAGUUAAGGGGAUAUACAGCUUGGCAAACUGACGGACAUCCAGAUUUGUAUUUAAAGUCAGGUGUUGAUUUUUAAAAUUUGUGGCAGUGAAUCAGUU